AGUAUAUUAGACUGCACCGGAAAUGAAGUCGUCCAUAAAAAAUAGAUCCAAAAAUAUUUGUUUUUCCUACUUAUAAUACUCACACGCAUUGACAAAAUGUCAUAACAUUCUGAUUUUUUUAUUCAGUUCAAGUUGUAAAAAUGACAACUACAACUAAUCAGGGAGAAGUUUUGAGGCAGUUCCUAACCAAGGAUCCGAAAGGAAGACAGUCCCUCGUGGUUCCUGAGGGUCGCUACAAAGGAUGGGUACCAAGAUGUUUGUACGAAAUGAACUGUGCCAAUGUCUGUCUCCCUUUCCUCAAACUGCUCUCAUUUCCAGUCGGGGGAAGCAGUCUUGGAAAUCUGGUUGGCAUGGAAACGUUCAAUGCAGUCGGGAACUAUUUAACACGCCUACCAGAUUCUUUUGGAAAAUGUCAGAAUCUUGUGCGCUUAAACCUGAGUUAUAAUUAUCUAGAAAGGAUUCCAUCAGCCAUAUUCCAGCUGUCAAAUUUACUUGAGCUUGAUUUGAGUGAAAAUGAGCUGUCUGCAAUACACCCAUCUAUUGGGAAUCUUAAAAGGUUACGAACACUGAACCUGAGUGGGAAUCUACUGGAUGAGCUUCCUGCUGAGUUGGCAGAAUGUGAAAAGCUGGAGAGACUUGACUUGUCACGGAAAUGGUACCCAAAGGGUGGAUUUCAGGUGUUACCAGAAGCAGUCUGUUACUUAACCGAGCUGACUUAUCUAGACAUAAGCUGGCACCAAGUCUCUACCAUAACCGAUGAUGUUAAAAAUAUGACGAAACUUCAGACAUUGCGUAUGAGGGGCAACUACUUGAAACACGUUUCGCCGUCUAUAUCGGAGUGCCGAAAACUCCAGUACCUUGACCUUACUGGAGCGAUGAAACUCAAUUCUUACAUACCGCCAGAGAUUUUUACGUUACCCGAACUUAGAAUUUUAGAUCUUACAAAUAAUUACUUCACGGAAAUUUCACCGGAUAUAAUAGGCUUGAAGAAAUUGAAAAAGAUGAUAAUGCGGAGGAAUGCAUUGCUACGCAUACCGGAUGAAAUAUUCAAAAUGGAAAGUCUCGAGGCAUUAGAUUUGUGUGAAAAUUAUUUAGAGGAUAUACCCCAUUGUAUUAAUGAGUUACAGACGUUAAAAUGCUUAUAUUUAGCUUGCAAUAAGAUAAAAGAGAUACCGGAAGAGAUUUGCGAGUGUGAAGAGCUUCAAGAAAUACAGCUGCAUUACAACAAGCUUGAGUUAUUGCCUGAUGAUAUUUCUAAACUCUACAAAUUAGAAGAACUCAUGUUAGAAGGAAACCAGUUAAAGAGACUGCCAUUAAUGUUAGAUAAACUAGAGAAGUUGAGAGAGACCGGAAGAUUAAGUUUGUACAACAACAACCUGGUGAAACCCCCACAAAGUAUCUGUGAUCAGGGAGUGGACAGUCUCUAUGGUUACCUCAAGGAGUUGAGAAUUUGUGAGGCCACUCAUAGGAAGAAGCUGAUCCUGAUCGGUGCGUCGAAGGCCGGCAAAUCAAGUCUACGCAAUGUUUUAAUUCUCGGAAAAUCACGACUAACAGCCGAACAUGAAAGAACGUGGGUCAUGGAACAGCAUCUUUGGGAGCCCGAACCCGACCUUAGAGUUCAGAUAUUAGAUUUUGGGGGUCAUCACAUCUACUCUGCUGCCCAUCACAUGUUCCUGACACCUGAGGCUCUACAUGUGCUGGUGUUUGACAUGAACACAUACAUGCCUGGAGACUACGACCUGAAGAUCGGCGAUUGGCUAGAUUCUAUAAUGGACAGAGCACCAGGUGCAUCUAUAAUGCUGGUGGGAACACAUGCAGACCUGUGUACAAAAGAUCAUAUAAAGACUGUAACUGAUCAUAUACUGAGCAGAAUGCAUGAGGAGGAAGAUGCUAAAAUAAAGGAUUUGGAGAUGAAUCUAAGGAUAGAACAGAGAAAGCUAACUGAUGCUCAUAAAGAAUCCGGUCAGAAAUUCCCCGAUCUGGUGACACAGAGGUUACAGGAGCGUGUCAACAAGAUGCAGAAACUUCAUAUAACAAGGAUCAAACUUCCAACAGAGAUCUUUGUAGUCAGCUGUGCAGAGACCCUAUCAGGGAUCAUAAACUUUCAUGAGUGUCUGACAGACACCCUGAAGUCAUCGGAAGGUCAGCCAUUGCCCACAUCCUGGUUCAAAUUUCUUACUGCAAUACAGGAAAGGCCGGAGAAGAUACUGAGUUGGUCGCAAACGUUGGAGAUAUUUGAGUCAAUAAUAGCCACAUUGAAACAGUCCAUGUAUAUGCUGCAGGGGUCAGCAGAGAAAAGUCUAGAAAUGGUGUUACGCUAUCUUCAUGUCACAGGAGAGAUCGUCUGGUAUCACGAUAAUCCGAAGCUACGUAAUAUUGUGUUCCAUCACCCGGAGACCCUCGUUGAAAUGUUGAGAGCUAUAUUUAGACACGAUUUUAGAGAGGUAGUUAACUAUGUAGAUACGUACGGCCAGAUGACAG